CGAGGUCAAGAGGCCGCGUACGGAGCCGCCGGGGGCUUCCGGGGUGCGGCGGGAGGUGGCUGGCGGCUGCGGGGCCGCUCUCCGUCCCGCGGCCUCGGCCCCGCGGGGAUGGACGAGGACGGGCUGCCCAUUGUGGGCUCCGGCAUUGACCUCACCAAGGUUCCUGCUAUUCAACAGAAAAGAACUGUAGCAUUUCUAAACCAGUUUGUGGUUCACACAGUGCAGUUUCUCAACUGCUUUUCUACUGUUUGCGAAGAGAAAUUGUCAGCACUGUCUCUCCGUAUCCAACAAAUUGAAACAACACUCAAUAUUUUGGAUGCAAAGUUAGCCUCUAUUCCUGGCCUAGAAGAUGUCAAAUUUGAAGUGUCCAGUGCAAAUAUAAACAGUGUUACAAAUGGUCCUGUGGGGCAAACUACUACAGAUCAACAGACAGCUGUAUCACCUCAGUCUGGACAGAACAAUAUACAUGAAGAAGGGUUACAGAAAACAGAGGUAAUAACAGAAAAUGUCAGAACUGUGGCCAAGGAUCCAAGAUAUGCCAGAUAUCUCAAAAUGGUACAAGUGGGUGUUCCUGUAAUGGCAAUACGAAACAAAAUGAUUUCUGAAGGGCUAAAUCCAGAUCUUCUCGAGACCCCAGAUGCCCCUGUGCCUGCCUGGGGAGAUGAUGGGAAAGCAGAGGACAGUUCUGAUAGUGAAUCUUCAUUUAGUGACUGAAGAGACUGAUUUUGGCCUUUGGAAACCUCCGUUAAGUGCUAAUGCCUUUGGAGCUUUAGCAGACAAUGGUUUUGCGUUGGUCACAUGGGUGACGUGUUUAUCUGACAGCAUUUUUAAGAGCUACGAUCCUCCAUGUUCUCUACCAGAAAGUUUGAACAGGCAGCGUGUUUGAGCCUGAACCUUUCCAGGAUGAAAAUUAAUCGUGAGAUCCUUGCAAUUUUUAUGCUGCAUCGUUUCAGAUUCCUUUCUGAUUCUUCUGAAACUACUUUGUAAAACUAAAAAUUCCACACCUCUAAACCUCCAGGCCUCUAAGACUGCAUUCUGGUCAUUACUGCAUUUUCUAUGUAACACAAUUAACCUAAGUUGCCUUCUUUCUGUCCCAUAACUUACAGGUAAAGUAACUUUUCAAAAUGAAAUUGUUUCAUUGAUGAACUGUAUUUUUCUUCUAAUAUACUAUAUUCUCAAGUGACACAGGAAUUACAUAGAAGUCAGCUAUCUUAUGGUGAUUGCAAUUCAGUGAUACUCUGAGAGAAACUAAAAUACAAGUGAGAAAUAUAUUAAAACCCAAUCUGAAUCUAUUUUCAAAGUAUAGACUGCUAUUCAAUGUCACGUUAGAGUCCGUACAAAGUUGUUAAAGACAUUCCUGCUCUGUAGAAGAGUUGAUUUAUCAAAUUCAGGUUACAGUGGUGUAGAAAGCUACCGACAUUGCAAGAUUGAUUUGAAAAUGUCACUGUGAAAGAAGCAAGUGACUGGGAGAUUAUUAAUGGAAUACCAGAUUCUCACUACUUGUUCACUGUCACAUGGGUCAGUAGAAACCACUUUCUGAAUGCUUUUGGGCUUAUUCAAAAGGAGCUGUGGCUGAGCAGUUUGCAUAGGAUAAGAAAUCACCUCCAAGUUGGUGCCUUUGCUGAUAAUUUCAGCAAAGAAGCCAAAAUUCAGUUUGUGUAAUGAUAAAACUACCUUGCUACCUUUUGAGGUGUGUGUUAGGGAACAAUGUAAAGAAAUCCACUUGGAGCCUGACUGGCCCUGAAGACUUCCCUCCAAAUUACUUAAUCUACUCCAUGAGUCAAAAAUGACAUUUCAUUAAAGAAUCUUCUUUAAUACAAUUUGUUCCACAUGAAAUUCUUCACAAUCUAUUUGAAUUCCCCAGAUUAUUGUGAUUAUACUAGAAUGCUGUGGGCCAGGCAAUCAUCCACUUCCUGAUAUUUCACAUUCUUCGUGAGACCAAGAAAAGACUAAAACUGAAGUUGUAAGUAUAUAAAUUUGUUAGCUUUUAUGACCGAGUCGUUACCUUCUCUCUUAGUUAUUUAUGCCACUUCAGUAGGUUAGCUGCUUUUUUUUCUGUAACUUAAGCAUGGCUCCCAUUUCAGUCUAGCAGACAUACUUAAGGUCUUCAUAACCUGUAAAUCAGAGUAAUGCCUGAAUUCCUGUGAAAGCAUAUAUACACUAGAGAAUGUCUAGAGAUGGCAUUUCAAUGAUGAGUUAAUUAUUAUUGAACACUUAAACAAAAAUAUUCAAUAGUUAACUCUUGCUAAAACUUGACAAAUAUUAAGAUAUUAGCAAUAAGUAUUUCAAAAGUAGAUGUUAUAAUGUUAUUUCAGAAAGCAUAUAUUAAAACACUGGUGACUUUUUAAAAUCUAUAUUUGAAAACUCAUUGAAGCAAUCUGUAUAAUUAAAGCUAUGCUUUGUAAACCAAAGUUGUGGUUCUAUUUUAUUCCCAUAUCUUGGUUUAAACAAGAUAAUGAAAAUUCUUCUGAAAUCUCUGCAAAUCGUGUUUCGCCAAAACUAGUUUUGCUGAAGUUGCAUCAAUCUGCUAGCUGAAGGAGGAGGGUUUUGAAAACAGGGGUUUGGAGUUCAAUGUAAGCCAUAUUAGCAAACUGACUAGACAAGAACUGAACAUCCCAUAGCCACUAUUCUAACAAGAAAAUUUAAGAAAGACUGAAAUUAAUGAGGACUGUAUGUUUGAUAGUCUUGAACUGAUAUUAACCUAUGUAAAGAAGUAGCAUGAUUUAAAGACUUGAGACAUAGUAGUUAAUUAUUUUUUUAAAGAAAUAAACAAGGUUACCAAAACACA